UCAGCUUAGAUGGGCAGAAGGAAGGCUGUGAUUAUCUUCCCUGCAUGAGGGUCUCUGGGGCUGGUGUAAGCUUGUCCAGGAACUGUGUAGGUGUAGAUGGGGCAGGUGCUGUACCAACCUUGGUCUUGGAGGGCAAAGGUUGGGCUUGUUGGCAUUGCCCCUCAGCCUCCCUGGCCCCUUGUCUCCUGGGCAGGGCUGUCUGAUGCCAACCCCAACAUUAGCCAACUUGCCUUGGGCGCCCUGAGGGCAUCUGCAUCAUGGGGCUCCUGCCAUUGCUUCAGGCCCACUCUCCCUGUCUAGGGGCUCUGAGGGCAGAUGUGUGUGCGUGGGAGGAAAAAGGAGGCUCUGGCCUCUCCUCUUACAAAACUGAGGACUUGCUCAAUUGCUGCGUGUGGCUUCCUGGUGGCACGGCAGCUGGGGGAUGAGGUGGGGCUGCAGCUGGUGUGCGUGAGCCAGCACUUCUUCCUAGGACAUGUGGGGCCUGGCCAGGCUCCUGCUAUCCUUGUCCCAGCUUCAUGGCAGUCCCUAUGUUGGGCUGGGUGCCCUCUUCCACCUGUGCAGUACGUGGAGGAUCAGGCAGGGUCUGCCUGUGCCCCUCCAACGCUGGUUGGGAGAUCAUGGGUGGGCACCUACCUCUGUCGGAAGCCUCCUGGCCAGCCAGCAGGCACUUAGCCCUGGGUGGGGUCCUUUCAGCUGCCUCAGCCUGGGCUGGAACACAGCACAAACAAGUGCAGACCACACCGGCACAUGAGGACUGGCUCCCUGCCUCCAGGAAAGUGCGUGUCAGGCUGGUGUGUGGCUGGCACUUGGCCUGCCUUUGCCAGUUUGAGCCUGCUGCCCCUUUGAGUAGGGAUCCCUUGGCUCCCGGGUGCUGGAUGUGGGGGAACCAACCCUCACCACUUGGUCCCUGCAGUGCUGGGUGUGCCCCGGUCCACCUCCAGGUUGGACUCUGCUUGUGGCCUCAGUGCUAGUCCACAGCCAGAGUGCAUGGCAGUGGCCAGAGGCAGGGCCAGCUGGGCUUGCUUCUCCUGACUCUGAUGUGCCCUCCUGCUCCCUGGACUUCCCCUUGCCCAGCACUGGCGUUGGCUGAGGUGCCAUCGCCUGCAGGAUUCUUUGUUCAGCUCUGACAGUGGCUUCAGCAACUACCGUGGCAUCUUGAACUGGUGUGUGGUGAUGCUGAUCUUGAGCAAUGCCCGGUUAUUUUUGGAGAACCUCAUCAAGUAUGGCAUCCUGGUGGACCCCAUCCAGGUGGUAUCUCUGUUCCUGAAGGAUCCCUACAGCUGGCCUGCCCCAUGCCUGGUUAUUGUGGCCAAUGUCUUUGCUGUGGUUGGAUUUCAGAUUGAGAAGCGUCUGGCGGCAGGUGUCCUGACGGAGCAGGUGGGGCUGCUGCUACAUGUGGCCAACCUGGCCACCAUUCUGUGCUUCCCAGCGGCUGUGGCCUUGCUGGUUGAGUCCAUCACUCCAGUGGGCUCCCUGCUGGCACUGAUAGUGCACACCAUCCUCUUCCUCAAGCUCUUUUCCUACCGAGACGUCAACUUGUGGUGCCGCAGGGCCAGGGCCAAGGCCAAGGCUGCCUCUGCAGGGAAGAAGGCCAGCAGCACCACUGCCCUGCACACCGUGAGCUACCCAGACAACCUGACCUACUGUGAUCUCUACUACUUCCUCUUCGCCCCCACCUUGUGUUACGAGCUCAACUAUCCCCGCUCUCCCCGAAUCCGGAAGCGCUUUCUGCUGCGACGGCUCUUUGAGAUGCUCUUUUUCACCCAGCUCCAGGUGGGGCUGAUCCAGCAGUGGAUGGUCCCCACCAUCCAGAACUCCAUGAAGCCCUUCAAGGACAUGGACUACUCACGCAUCAUCGAGCGCCUCCUGAAGCUGGCGGUCCCCAACCACCUUAUCUGGCUGGUCUUCUUCUACUGGCUCUUCCACUCCUCCAUGAAUGCUGUGGCUGAGCUCAUGCAGUUUGGAGACCGGGAGUUCUACCGGGAUUGGUGGAACUCCGAGUCUGUCACCUACUUCUGGCAGAACUGGAACAUCCCUGUACACAAGUGGUGCCUCAGGUGGGUAGUGUAUGUCUGCGGGGGGAUGUUGAACGUGGCUGUGAACCUGAGCCCCUUUCUCUGCCCCCUCCUCUGCAGGCAUUUCUACAAGCCCAUGAUUCGAAGGGGCAGCAGCAGGUGGAUGGCCAAGAUAGGAGUGUUCCUGGCCUCAGCCUUCUUCCACGAGUAUCUGGUGAGCAUCCCUCUGCGAAUGUUCCGCCUCUGGGCGUUCACGGGCAUGAUGGCUCAGGUCCCACUGGCCUGGCUCGUGGGCCGCUUUUUCCAGGGCAACUAUGGCAAUGCGGCUGUGUGGGUGACACUCAUCAUUGGACAGCCAAUAGUCGUGCUCAUGUACGUCCAUGACUACUACGUGCUCAACUACGAGGCCCCAGCAGUAGGGGCCUGAGCUGCACCCAAGCGCCUGGCUUCUCACUGCCACCUCGCACCUGCAGCCAGAGCCAGCCUCUCUUCCUGGGCUCCGAGUGCUAGGGACAGGCCUGGCUGCACAGCACCCUCCUCCUGCCCCAGGGAGGCCUCUCUGCCCCUAUGGGGCUCUGUCCUGCACCCCUCAGGGAUGGCGACAGCAGGCUGGGGCCAGCUGGGAGCCUUGCCGACCCUGCCCUGGGGUCUGAGUGUCAAUAAAGUGCUGUCCAGUCACC